UGUCGCCAGAUGUAAGGACCUGCCUAUAAAACAGUUCCUCCUUCAUCUUUCGUUGCGUUCCUUUCAACAGCCUCUGAACACAUCCACGAUGAAUGCUCUGUUGGUUUCGCUGCUGUUUAGUGCCGUUCUAUACACGGAAGUGGCUGGCUGGGGCUGCGACAGGGGCUGGGUUCCUUUCUGCAACCACUGCUACCUAUUCAGCCGCGAUACCAGAUCCUGGUAUGAUGCAGCAUACACUUGUGCUGCCCUUGGAGGAUCCCUGGUUUCAUUUGAUACUCCAGCCGAGUUGCGUUGGGUCAAAGGGUACGUCACAAAGCUUUGUAGUGGUAAUUACUGGACUGGCGGAAAUGACAUCAGACACGAGGGAAGAUGGGUGUGGAAUCCAACCAAUGGACAAACCAUCAACCGGGACUGCACUGAUUGGGCGAGCGGAGAGCCAAACAGCUGGAGGGGACUUAACCAGGACUGUAUGUUGUUGUGGCACCACAGGUCAUACCAAUGGGAUGACGAACAGUGCCAUCUUGGAAAGGGAUAUAUUUGUGAAAAAUACAUGUUUUCAGAAAAAGUUUGCAGUUGUCGGAUAUGA